GCUGAACUGAUUACCGUUUGAAUAUAUUAUUUCAUGAUUUAAUUUGGCAAAAGUGCAGCUACAUUUAUAUCUUCAAAUGACUGAACAGAUUCUCAAUAAAGAGGUGUGGUUAUUUUAUCGAUUUACCCCCCUCCCUUCAUCAUGGUUCUAUUAAGAUUACGUCAAACGACCUUAAGCUAAGCGUCACCACUGCUACGCAUCGAUGAAAGGCGAACAAAACAAAAUGAAAAAAAAACAUCUCUAUCUAAAAAAAAACUCACAAUACGCAUAAAACCCAAAGUCCAAAAUGGGCAGCAAUGAGGUAGAUUCGGCUUCAUUUGUCCGAAACGCAACGGUUCGAGCCGUCAGUUACGUACAAGAUGUCUAAGAAGCAGGUUCUAUAUACGCACACCAUUAGUCCCGCCGGCCGUGCGGUUGAGCUCACCAUCAAGGCCUUGAACCUUGACGUUGAGAUUCGGGAAAUGAACGUCUUCAAGGGUCAGCAUAUGAAUGAUGAGUACAAGAAGCUUAACCCAGUACAAACGAUCCCAACACUGGAUGAUAAUGGGUUUCUGCUGUGGGAUAGCCACGCGAUUAUGAUUUAUCUCGUGCGUCGUUACGGUGCCGGUUCGAACCUAUACACGGACGAUUAUGAGCAGCAGGCCCGUAUUAAUGCGGCCCUAUUCUUCGAUAGUUCGAUCCUUUUCGCGCGGCUACGUUUCUGUACGGACAAUCUGACCGUGCUGGGCAAGAGUGAAAUCCCGGAGGAAAAUGUGCAGCGAGCGAUAGAGGGUUUGCAGCGGUUGGAAAGUUUGCUGCAGUCGGAUUAUGUCGCCGGUGAUCAUUUGACGAUCGCGGAUUUGAGCUGCAUCAGCAGUGUUAACACGUUGCAUAUUAUGCUUAAGCCGGCACCGGCCGAUUUUCCAAAAACCUUUGCUUGGAUCGAGCGACUGACCAAGUUGCCGUACUAUGAGGAGGUGUCUGUUCGUGGAUUAAAAGCUGCGGGUGAGCUGAUGCAAAUGCUUGGUGCAAAGAAUAGUGCGAAUUAAGACCACUUUGAUUGAGGCGUGCCCCACCCGUUGCUAGUGUUAUGGAAUGAAAAUGAUUUGGAAUAGUGCUGUCUCUCGUUUUACCUACCUUCGAGGACGGAAUCUAACACUGAACUGAACCAAACCGACUUCCUGCUGCAGUAUAACUUGGAUUAAUUAAACUUUCCUUCGCCAGCUCAUGAAUGUAUUUGUGGUAACAAGCGAUAAGCACGCAUCACGGUUCUGUAUUAGCUUAUGCAUACUGUGCUUAGUAACGUUUAAUUUGUUUUGUGUUAAGUUUAUCUGAGUUUACAAUUUUUUAUGCUCUGUUUUGAUAUCCAUAUUUUGCUAACAAUAAACAUCAUGCUGCAGCUUC